GCUUAACGUGCCUUGUCCCCUCCCGCCAUGUCGCGCUACAGGGACGCGCUGAAUGCGCUCUCCGCGCGGACAGGCGCGCCCAUAUCCUCCCUCGUUAUCUCCUUCGGCCUUCUACACGAAGUCACGGCCAUCGUCCCACUGGUGGGAGUAUUCUACGCGGCACGCUCCUUCGGUCUGGGCGAGCGCGUCGUGCAAGCCGUGAUUCGGGACACGAACCCCUCGACUACAUCCGAGGACUCCCCCACGCUCGCCUACGUGCACCGCACCUUCCGCGACUGGGUCGAGCAGGGCGACGCAUGGGCCGAGCGCGUCGGGAGGCGGUACGGCGUCUUCGGGUUCGAGAAGCGCGCGCCGGGCGCGGCUGCGUCUGCCUCAACCGACGCAUCUGCCUCUCCCUCGACCGAUGGAUCACGACCACGGAUUACGGGCGACGUAGCGAACGCGGUUCUGGCGUAUGGGGUGACGAAGGCUGCUGCUCCCUUGCGGGUAGCCCUUUCCCUCUAUCUCAGCCCGGCGGUUGCUCGCGGCGUCGUCAUACCCAUCACUCGCACAUUCGUUAAUGUCUUCCGGCGACGAAAGUGAUCAGUUUACGGAUCGCGAACUGGGUUGAUCAUUGUCGGAGCGGACUACGACUUCAAUUAUUACGGUGCAACAGAAAUGGUAUGGAUGGAUGUGUAAGUACAGAUGCUCUAAUUCUAUGCAUAUUUAUAAGAACAGGAA